AUGCCCGGACGAACAAGUUCACGGCGUGAUGUUGUCGUGGUUGGCGCUGGAUGGUCUGGUCUCAUCGCUGCCAAAACAUACCUGGAUCUUGCGCCCGAGACUGACCUCCAGAUCGUCGAUAGUGAAAGGUCGAUCGGCGGAGUAUGGUGCACAGACCGACUGUAUCCAGAUCUGUAUGCACAGGUCAGCCAUCCGCUAUUCGAGUAUAGCUUCUACGAUAUGCCCAAAGAAGGCAUUACUGAGGAUGGCUUCAUCUCUGGUUAUACAAUCAACAAGUACCUGACUUCGUUCGCUCGCGACUUCAAGCUCGAGGAACUUGUCACGUUUGAGUCUACGGUGACGGAGGUGGAUCAAACUCUCUCCGGAGCCUGGAUCCUGACGCUAGCUACUGGCUACCAAAUUGAGUGUACAAAGCUCAUUUGGGCUGUUGGGCCUGGCUCUAGUCCAGUGCAGCCCACGUGGCCCAAAGAUAACUUUUCAUCCCCAGUCAUUCAUUCUUCCGAUACGGGAAAGAACCUCGGGCUCAUCUCUCAAGCCAAGAGAGUCACAGUCGUCGGCGCAGCCAAGUCAGCUUUCGACACGGCAUACUUUUUGACUAAAGCUGGCAAAGAGGUUGACUGGAUCAUCCGAGAAGAUGGCGGUGGUCCCAUUGCCAUGGGACCACCAACACUGCUCGGAAUCUGGAACACUGUUGACGGGCUGUCUACCAGAUCCAUGGCAAUGUUCAGCCCUUCAAUUAUGAACACGUCAGGCUUCUGGUACAAGGCCAUUCACCGAACACCUAUAGGUCGCAUGGUGGCCGGUGCAUACUGGCGCACUGCAAAUUUCCUCGCAGACUGCGCUGCUGGGUAUGAUGCCAAUGACGAUUUCAAAGCGCUUCAGCCCACCCCUCGUGGUUCUGGCAUGUUCUGGGCCCGCGCCGGUCUUGGGGCGCCUUCAGCUCCGGAUUUUUGGAAGACGCUCCACUCGGGCAAACUCCAUGUUCAUCGCAGCGAGAUCGAAUGCCUCUCACACAUCAACGUCGUCAACCUGAAGAACGACACGGCUGUGCAGACCGACUUGAUCAUUGCAUGCACUGGCUUUGAAAAGCCUUACCGGCCGUUCAGCCUCGAGCUUCGAAAGGAAUUGGGUCUGACCUAUGAUGAGACGGAGGCGAUCAAGUGGGACAAACUACAUAUCAAAGCCGAAGCCAAGAUCGACGAGUUGCUGCCUAUGCUCAGAUCAAACACGCCCAAGGUCGAUACUGCCAACAAUUCCAUCCACCAAGUCUUGCGUGGACCAAACAGACACUAUAGACGUCUGAUUCCGCUCAAGCAGAUUGCCAAGGAUGAGCGCUCUAUAUGUUUCCCUGGAUUAGUGCACGUCAUUUUCACUCCCACAGUGAGUGAAUUCCAAGCUCUGUGGAACGCGGCAUACCUGCUGGGCAUGAUUGACCCCCCCGACCUCGGCACGGUCGAAGAUGAGAUUGCCACGUUCAAUGCAUGGACAAAAAAACGACAUUUGGAAAUGGGCCAGAAGCAUGCCUAUUGCAUCUUUGACUACCUUUCGUAUAUUGACACACUUGCCAAAGACCUUGGCAUCGAGCCGAGAAGGAAGAGCAACGGCUUUGCAGAAAUGUUUGUGCGCUACAAACCCAGGGAUUAUCGUGGCAUGUUGAAUGAAUUCCAAGCAGCGCAAAGGGCCAAAACGACAAAAACCGGUUAA